UUAUGUAUGAGCGCACACAACGGUCCAAUUCAAUCUGCUCCAAAACCUCAAAUCUUGUCCACAAAACUGUAAAACCUCUAAAGCAAAAAAAUCCUUCCCUGUUCUUCGCCAUGUCCCUCUUCUUCCGUUCCUUACCCACCAUAGGUCUUCGCUCAAAACCUUCCCCUCUCACUUCUCUACCUUUCUUCUUCCUUAAUAAUUUCCACAACCACCCCAUUAUUAUUACCCCAACUUCACUUAUCAGUAGCCGCACGCUUUCUUCCGCCUUUGCCACUGGUCCUUUAACUUCCGUUGAAACACUUACCCCUAGCACCAAAAAUUCUCUAUCUCCUACAACUACUGAUACCCUUCAAUGGGUUAGCAGGACUCAAUACUGUGGUGAAUUAUCGGAAAACGAUGUGGGUAAACGGGUUCGGCUUUGCGGGUGGGUCGCCCUUCAUCGGAUUCAUGGUGGUUUGACUUUCGUCAACCUCAGGGACCAAACUGGAAUUGUUCAGAUUACGACACUUCCUGAUGAUUUUCCUGAUGCUCAUUCUGCUGUGAGCGAUCUGAGGCUUGAAUAUGUAGUUGCCAUUGAAGGUGUUGUUCGGCCUAGGCCAGCUGACUCUGUCAACAAAAAGAUGAAAACUGGCACGAUAGAGGUUGCUGCAGAGGAUGUCCAGGUGUUGAAUGCAGUAAGAUUGAAGUUACCCUUCUUGGUAACAACUGCAGACGAUGCAAAAGAUUCAGCUAAGGAAGAAAUCAGAUUGCGAUAUCGAUGCCUUGAUUUACGCCGUCCACAAAUGAACUCAAAUAUAAUCUUGCGACAUAGAGUAGUGAAACUUCUCCGAAGAUACCUAGAAGAUGUGCAUGGUUUUGUCGAGAUUGAGACUCCAAUACUAUCUAGAUCUACUCCUGAAGGUGCUCGUGAUUAUUUGGUCCCUUCUAGAGUUCAGUCAGGAACAUUUUAUGCACUACCCCAGAGUCCUCAGCUGUUCAAGCAAAUGCUAAUGGUCUCUGGUUUUGAUAAGUACUAUCAAAUAGCAAGGUGCUUUAGGGAUGAAGAUUUGAGAGCUGACAGACAACCUGAGUUUACGCAGCUGGAUAUGGAAAUGGCUUUCACUUCUAUGGAGGACAUGCUGAAACUCAAUGAGGAUUUGAUUAGAAAGGUUUUUCAGGAAAUCCAAGGUGUCCAACUGCCAAAUCCUUUUCCAAGGCUUACAUAUGCUGAAGCAAUGAGUCGAUAUGGUUCAGACAGACCAGAUACUCGUUUUGAUGUCGAAUUGAGAGAUGUAAUUCUUCUGCAGACUCCAAUAUCCAGGCAUUCAAUACUCUGGGUGACUGACUUUCCAAUGUUUGAGUGGAAUGAUUCAGAACAGAGAUUUGAGGCCUUGCAUCAUCCUUUCACCGCACCUAAUCCAGACGAUAUAAAUGACCUCUCUUCUGCCCGUGCCUUAGCUUAUGACAUGGUUUACAAUGGAGUUGAGAUUGGUGGAGGAAGCUUGAGAAUUUACAAGCGUGAAGUCCAAGAGAAGGUUCUCAAUAUUGUUGGCAUUUCCCGAGAACAGGCUGAAGCAAAAUUUGGCUAUCUUUUGGAGGCUCUGGACAUGGGUGCUCCUCCUCACGGAGGAAUUGCUUAUGGGUUGGAUAGAUUGGUGAUGCUCUUGGCUGGCACUAAUUCCAUCAGGGAUGUUAUAGCUUUUCCAAAGACAACAACUGCUCAAUGUGCCCUUACUCGUUCACCAUCAGAGGUCGAUCCACAGCAGCUUAAAGAUCUUUCAUUACAGAAGAUGUAGGUUCUUGAUUUGUUUUAGGAAGUACUGUGUACUGGAAAAAUUGGAAAAUCAAAAGGAGAUGGUGGCUAGCUGGGGCAGGGGUAAAGUCCACAGAUGUUGGAGGAAAUCCCUGUCAUUAUGGCGACAUUGUUAUCCUAAACAAUUUUUAUUGCAAGUAGAAAAGGCGCCAUCAUUCCCCACAGUUUCUUUGAAAUAUUACAUUGUAGCACCAAAAUCAUUAGGUUCCAGUUUUCAUAGCUGAGAGUAAAGAUGUUACUCUGAUUUUCUGAAUAUCUGCUUUGUUGACAUACUGAUAAAGGAAAGCGAGUCUUUUUAAUAAUGUAGAUAAUUAUUUGACCUUGGAAUAUUUGGUGAAGUUGACUUA